AUGACCUCCAAACAGCCCCGUUACGUGGCAGUUGCCCAACGCAAGCAAGCUGAGCUCGCCGCAGCUAUCCCUACCGAAUGGCGGUUGCCCGCACACGUCAUCCCCGAGGGGAUGCUCUCCAUUGCCGAGUCGAUCACGGUCGGCCCCAAAGCUUACCAACAAAUUGGUGUGAUGGAUAUUCCACGGACGUGCGGUCUACUCACCUUUGAGGAGCUGGAAAUUACAGAAAAAUACGAUGUGCGGGGGCUAGUGGGGGAAAUGGCGGAGGGUCGACGAAAGGCUGAGGACGUGGUGCGAAGCUUCUGUAAGAGAGCAGCCGUUGCCCACCAGCUCACACGCUGUCUAACCGAGCCUCUUUUUGACCGCGCGUUGCAACGGGCCCGGGAGCUGGAUGAUCACCUCCAACGUACGGGCACCCCAUUCGGCCCCUUACAUGGUCUCCCAGUGUCAGUGAAGGAUUCCUAUAAUGUCAAAGGAGUGGAUUCAAGCAUCGGAUUAUCUGCGCUAGCAUUCAAGCCCGCAACAGCCAAUGCUCCACUGGUAGACUUGCUGGAGUCCCUUGGCGCAGUAGUGAUUGCCAAGACGAACAUCCCUCAGACACUUGCAACGUUGGAUAGCUGCAACCACCUUUUCGGCCGCACGCUUAACCCGCUCAACCGAAAAUGGACCGCUGGUGGCAGCACCGGCGGCGAGGGCGCACUGGUCGCUAUGCGCGGGUCCAUGGUAGGCUUUGGCACGGAUAUCGGUGGUAGCAUUCGCGUGCCGGCUAUGUGCCACGGUAUCUAUGGCUUCAAACCGAGUAAUGGACGCGUGCCCUUCGGAGGCCAACAGAACGGCCAGAUUGAAGGCAAGGGCCGGAUCGCUCUUCAGGCUGUGGCUGGGCCGAUAGCUCGAUCUGUUGCAGAUUUGAACGCUAUUAUGGCAGAGAUUGUACCUCGUGCGGAACUAUUUGGUGAAGAUUGCAUCCCGGGCUCUUGGCCUUCAUCCUCAGUAUCGAUCUCGCUUGCUCCUCCGCGCAACUUCACCAUCGGUGUUUUAAAGACAGAUGGCGUCGUCACGCCUCUGCCACCGAUUACACGCAUAUUAAACGAAGUUGCUAACAUUCUCCGCCGUACACCCGGUGUUGAAGUUGUCGAUAUUCCACUCCCCCCGGUCUUGCCUACAUGCCAAGCCCUGGCUGGCCGGCUGAUGGGCGUCGACGAUGGGUCGCACAUGCUUGAUCUCAUCGAGAGUAUGGAUGAGGACCUUAUUCCAUGGUUGCAGGGUCGAAUGAAACGCGGCAAGGCGCUGACAGUGGUUCAAUUGGCCAAGCUGCAGGCUCAGCGUGCUGAAGUGGAGAAGGAGAUGAUGAAGAUGUGGACACUGUCCCCGCAGGCUUCAUCUGUAGCUCGACGCGUAGACGCCAUCAUCUGCCCUGUGGCCCCGCACCCUGUCCCCGAGAUCGAUCGCUACAAUGCAGUCGGGUACACCUCGACCUUCGUCCUGCUGGACUACCCUGCCGGCGUGGUUCCUGUCCGCUCAUUUACAGAAUCCGAUCUUGAGAUUGGACGGGAAAUGGAGGCGCCUGUAUUGGGAAGCUGGGACAAAGCCAAUCGCAAGCUCUGGGACGAGAAAACAGUUGACCGCCGCCUCUAUCUCGGCUCCCCUCUUAGUGUGCAGAUCGUCACUCCUAAGCUGCACGAUUAUCAGCUUUCCCAGGCCAUGGAAAUUGUCGAUCGUGCGGUGCAGGGACAGUCAAACUUGCCAAGCGCAAAGCUGUGA